UCCUACAAAACCGAGCCCCGAAUCCUCUCCAGGCUGCCCCCACCAUGAAACCCAGUUCUUUCUCAGCCAGAACUCUCAGCUCCCCGCUCGCCAGCACCUGAGCAUCCCCGCCCCGGCCGUCGUUUGAUUCCUAGGGGUCCCAUUGGCUCCUUCCCUGACCGCGAGCUGGGGGCGGAGCCGGCCGGCCGAUGGCUGGGAGCCCGGCUGGGAGCUUGCUGGGCGACAGUGGGUUCCAGAAGCGCCGCGGCCUGGUUGGGCGGCUGGCAUGGCCGCGUGCUGGUGAGAGUGGAGUGAGCGAGGGGCCGGCUGCCACCAUGCCCCGGGGUGUGGGCACCGCCCAGCUCUGUGUGCUGGUGCUCGCCUUGCAGGGUUGGACCAGAAGAGGAAGUGGGGACGGCAGCCCUCAGCUACAGCAUGAACUAAUAAUACCUCAGUGGAAGACUGCAGAAAGCCCCGUGAGAGAAAAGCAUCCACUCAAGGCUGAGCUCAGGGUGAUGGCUGAGGGGCGAGAACUGAUCCUGGACCUGGAGAAGAAUGAGCACCUUUUUGCUCCAGCCUACACAGAAACCCAUUACACUCCAAGUGGCAACCCUCGAACCACCACCCUGAAAUCCGAGGACCACUGUUUUUACCACGGGACGGUGAGGAAGGCGGAAGAGUCCAGUGUCACGCUCAGCACCUGCCGGGGAAUGAGAGGACUGAUUACGGUGAGCAAUAACCUCAGCUACAUUAUCGAGCCUCUUCCUGGCAGCGAGGGCCACCACCUUAUUUACAGAUCUGAACAUCUCAAGCUGCCCCUCGGGAACUGUGGGUUCCAGCACCCCAAGCCCACAGCCAAGGAUUGGGCCCUUCAGUUUACGAACCAGACCAAGAAACGACCUCGCAGGAUGAAAAGGGAAGAUUUACACUCCAUGAAGUAUGUGGAGCUUUACCUUGUGGCUGAUUAUGCAGAGUUUCAGAAGAAUCGACGAGACCAGGACGCCACCAAACACAAGCUCAUGGAGAUCGCCAAUUACGUUGAUAAGUUUUACCGAUCCUUGAAUAUCCGGAUUGCACUGGUGGGCUUGGAAGUGUGGACUCACGGGAAUAUGUGUGAAGUCUCAGAGAAUCCAUACUCUACCCUCUGGUCAUUUCUUAGCUGGAGGCGCAAGCUGCUCACCCAGAAGAACCACGACAACGCACAGUUAAUCACGGGCAUGUCCUUCCACGGCACCACCAUCGGCCUGGCCCCCCUCAUGGCCAUGUGCUCCGUGUACCAGUCUGGAGGCGUCAACAUGGACCACUCUGAGAAUGCCGUUGGCGUGGCUGCCACCAUGGCUCACGAGAUGGGCCACAACUUCGGCAUGAGCCAUGAUUCUGCAGACUGCUGCUCAGCCAGCGCUGCUGAUGGUGGGUGCAUCAUGGCAGCUGCCACUGGGCACCCCUUUCCCAGAGUGUUCAAUAGAUGCAACAGGAGGGAGCUGGACAGAUAUCUGCAGUCAGGUGGUGGGAUGUGUCUCUCCAACAUGCCGGACACCAGGACACUGUAUGGUGGCCGAAGAUGUGGAAAUGGGUACUUGGAAGAUGGGGAAGAGUGUGACUGUGGGGAGGAAGAGGAGUGUGACAACCCCUGCUGCAAUGCCUCUAAUUGCACGCUGAGAGAGGGGGCAGAGUGUGCCCACGGUUCCUGCUGUCACCGGUGUAAGCUGCUGGCCCCUGGCACACUGUGCCGUGAGCAGGCGCGACAGUGCGACCUCCCGGAGUUCUGCACGGGCAAGUCCCCCCACUGCCCCACCAACUUCUACCAGAUGGAUGGCACCCCCUGCGAGGGUGGCCAGGCCUACUGCUACAAUGGCAUGUGCCUCACCUACCAGGAGCAGUGCCAGCAGCUGUGGGGUCCUGGAGCCCGGCCUGCUCCUGAUCUCUGCUUCGAGAAGGUGAAUGUGGCAGGGGACACCUUUGGAAACUGUGGGAAGGACCUGAAUGGGGAACACAAGAAGUGCAACAUGAGAGAUGCCAAGUGUGGGAAGAUCCAGUGUCAGAGUUCCGAGGCCCGGCCCCUGGAGUCCAAUGCAGUGCCCAUCGACACCACCAUCAUCAUGAACGGGAGGCAGAUCCGAUGUCGGGGCACCCAUGUCUACCGAGGGCCCGAGGAGGAGGGUGACAUGCUGGACCCCGGCCUGGUGAUGACGGGGACCAAGUGCGGCUAUAACCACAUUUGCUUCGAGGGGCAAUGCAGGAACACUUCCUUCUUUGAAACAGAAGGCUGUGGGAAGAAGUGCAAUGGCCAUGGGGUCUGCAACAACAACCAGAACUGCCACUGCUUCCGGGGCUGGGCCCCGCCCUUCUGUAACACCCCGGGCCAAGGGGGCAGCAUCGACAGUGGGCCUAUGCCCACAGAGGGUGCUGGUCCUGUGGUGGCGGGAGUGUUUUCGGCCAUCUUUGUGCUGGCGGUCCUUGUGCUGAUGUACCACUGCUAUAAACAGAAAAACAAACUGGGCUACCUCAAGCCCUUAGCCCUCCCUUCCACACUGAGGCAGCAGUUCAGCUGUCCCUUCAGGGUGUCUCACAACAGUGGAACUGGCCACGCCAACCCAACAUUCAAGUUGCAGACGCCCCAGGGCAAGCGAAAGGUGACCAACACCCCUGAAACCCUACGGAAGCCCUCCCAGCCUCCUCCCCGGCCUCCUCCGGACUACCUGCAUGGUGGGUCCCCACCUGUGCCAUUGCCAGCGCACCUCAGCAGGGCUGCUAGGAACUCUCCAGGGGCCGGAUCUCCAGUAGAGAGGAAAGAAUCAUCCAGGAGGCCUCCCCCAACCCGGCCAGCACCCCCAGCACCCAAGUGUGUACUCUCCCAGGAUUUCUCCAGGCCUCGGCCACCCCAGAAGGCACUCCCGGCUAACCCUGUGCCAGGCCGCAAGAACCUCCCCAGGCCAGGUGGCCCCUCUGUACUGCAGCCCACUGCAUCCAGCCCUCAGCAGACCCAGCCCCUGCCAGCACCUGCCCUAAAGUUUCCUGAGUACAGAUCACAGAGGGCUAUGGGGAUGACUAGCUCGAAAAUCUAGGUCCAUCUAAAGGGGCUUCUCCCUUCCCUUGAGGACUCUGACCACCACGGAGGAUCUGUGGCCACCGAAUCUGGAAGAAGCAUGUCUGGCCUCCUCCGAGCUCCUCCUCCUUUGCCCCCCUCCUCCGGAACCACCGCAUCUCCGAAAAUCUCCUUCUUGACUCAGGGCCUCCUCAGAGCCCCAGAGUGACUGCUGUUCAGUGGCAUCCAAGUGUUGUUUUGUGCAAUAUUCAGCCCCAGGUAGGGAAGGGAGAGCGGAAGAGGAUGAACAGCUGCGUCUCCCUCAUCCGCCCCUCAGCUGGUCCCUACCCCCAGAGGUGCCGGUCAGGCUGGUGCCGGCUAUCUGAGCCCAGCUGUGAAAAGGCCAUCUAGCCCUUCAGGCUAGGACUCAGCUUGGAGAAGUCAUCCAUCCACGUCCUAUGGUGGAGGGUACGCAUGAGAGCUUUUCCCUGUGCUUCUGUCUUUCUCCAAGGUCCCAGGCUGGGCAGAGGCUGGGCACUUAGCAUCCCUCUUAGCUCUGAGAUCAAGAGGGGUCACUCCAGCCACAGCUGUAGCCCCACCCAGGGCUUGGUUGAGGUCACAGCUCCUGGCUCUGUGGCUCCAUGUGAGCAAGUCACGUCCCCUCCUCGUCCCCCAGCCCCCACUGAAACCCCCACAUCCCCUUAUUCCCAUGGGUCACUCUGACUCAGACAGGUACUAUUUGUAGGCAGUGUAGACAGCAGGGGGAGCGCAGCUGGGGCCCCCUCUGAGCCGUCAAGCCAAAGGUUGUGACUCUGCUCACCAUCAUUCUUGCUUGCUCUUUGUUUUCUCUUCUGUACUUUCCAAGUGCCUCGUGAUUUUGGUUUCUCCUUCCCCGCUCAGACCCUCCUUCUAAGUGGUGCUGUGAGUGGGUGCCCAGCAGUCCCGACCUCCUGGGACCUGGUGCUGUGCCCUGCAAGCCAGGGCCCUGCCUAAGGCUUGGCUACGGGAUAUCCAAUGUUGCUUCUCAAGAGUGUUGACCGGAGUAGACGCAGGCCCUGGUUGUGGGAUCGUAGCUGGACUUCCCAUGGUGUGCUAUGACCUCAGCAGAGUGUGGGUCCUCCUUUGACUCCCUGACCUAAAUCUGAGUAAGGUCCUCAGGGAUGGCAGCGGGUGCAGAGAUGGGGGCGGACAUCCUCAGAACCGCAGCCUGUCCCUGGCCUGGUCACAGACUUGAGGCAGGGCCAUUGUCCUCCAAGCAGAGAGCAGGCCUGCCUCGAGAGAUCCCUAGAGAACUGGCAGUCAGCAGCCCUGAUGGGGUGGAGUUGUGCUAGGCCAACCAUCGUCUGCUAAUCCCCUUCCUUGUGUUUCUCCCUCCAGCCCUGUCUUCCCUGCAGCAGGGUGGAGGGCUGUGCGGUGCUCUGCUACAUGGGAAGAUUUUCAGAGUCCCCGGAUACGUUCCGUGGGCUGUCUCCCACCUCCAGAAAGGUGCUGGGCAGCUGGGACCUCCCCGCCUCCUGCAGUGAACAGAUGUUUGCUCUUGAAAACCUCAGUGUAGGGAAGAGGCUUGAGUUUUCACCCCCAGCCACUACCCCAGGGCCCCCUUAUAGUUUAUUGUACACAAUCGGUGCUCAUGUUCUUGGGUUUGUAAACAAGUGGGAGAUUUAGGCUGUGCACUUGCAGACACACUUGGAUUGGAUUUAGAAAGAGCUCAGGAAAAUGAAGUUCUCUUCCCUCAGGGAGCCUGGUCGUUGUGAUAUUGGUGAUUUCAUGCCCAUCUCACCGGUAAAGGCUCUGGUUGCUCCCUGCAGCCAGUGUCCAUGGUCCUUGCUGCCUGAGUAGGUGAGGGGAAGGCCUUCCCUUUAAGCGUGCUACUCUGCCCCAGGCCUCCAGAAAAUUAGAGGUCAAAACACCUGCCCCCUCAAACCACCCUUCAACCCAAUCCUGUGCCUCACCGAGGUUCCUAUGGCAUGUCCAGCAUGUCUUCCCGACAUCAGAAGGUAGAAGGCUCGGAGUGAAAAUGCCACAGCUACUGUGAUUGCAUGAGCCUUUUGAAUCUGAAAUCCACCCUCCCUAGAAUCAUACCGGAAAGAGACAUGGGUCAUUGCUUUCUUGUUUUUUUGUUUUUGUUUUCCAUUACUUUAAUACCACCUCCAAACCAUAAAAAUUGUACUGUGAACUGGAAGAUAGCUGAAUUUUUAAAAUAUGAUGAGACUUUUGGCAACUGGUUCUGUUUACUGUUUCACUCCUGGCCCUAUUCAGGAGCUGGGCAUCACCAUUCUGGCAGGCCAGGGAGGCCACCCCCGUGGGCAAAACCGGCUCUUAGGCCCUCUUUUCCCUCCUGGGUCCAUGUGCUGCUUUGAGGUAACAAAAACAAACUUAAGGAAGGAGGGACUUUAUUCAAAAGUAUUACUGCAAGGCCAGGGAAGAGAGUGUUGUGAUGGGGCAGCGGGCUACUGCAUUAGCGGAAUGCUCAGGCCAGCUGAACUGAUGCAAGCUCUGUAAGCAUUCCAAAGCUCAGGAGGAGGAGGCCUUUGAUUGGAAGGAGUGAAUGUGGUUGGAAGGAAGCGCAGUCAGGGACUUUUUGUGCUCUGCCUUUGUGGAAGGGGCUGUGUGCUGGCUCUCAGGGUGGGUCCACGCUCAGCCUUUGGUGGGCAGCGAGGGAGCUUCACUGAGGCUCGGUGGAAUGAGUUAACCGGCCCUCCACCCAGCCAGUUCAGAUGGAGACUAUGUUCAUCUUUUUAGAAGUUAACUUGGCCUCCCGCUGGUUUUUCAACCAUGGGUGUUUUUAGGGUAUUUUUUGGUUUGUAAGGCCAUACCCACAGCAUAUGGAAGUUCCCAGGUCAGGGGUCAAAUCGAGCCAUAGCCACUGGCCACAGCCACAGCCCCACAAGAUCCGAGCUGUGUCUGAGACCUACACCAUAGCUCAUGGCAAUGCUGGAUCCUUUAACUCAAGGCCAGGGAUCGAACCCGCAUCCUCAUGGAUUCUAGUCGGGUUUGUUACUGCUGAGCCACGAGGGGAACUCCCUUGGUGUGUUUUUCUGAAGCGCCCAGGAGGCAUCUCUGGAUUGCAAACCUCCAGGGAGUUCGCCCCCUGUCUCAGUGGGAGUUUGAGCCCAGGCACCAGCUCCAGUGGUAAUUCCCUGCUUGCCGGAGCUUCCUUUUAGCCUCGCUUUCUUCUCCCUGUAAAAGAAAAGCCCUUUCUGCCCCAGCUCUGAGAGCUUGCAGAUAUCUUGGUGUCUCAUUGUAGAGCUUACCAUGAGGGAGUUGCCCCUCCCCUCCUGCCACAGCCACUUGUCAUCUCUUGCAAUAAUCUUUUUGAACAAAGCCUUCCCUUAGCUGUGUCGGAAUUUAUUCUCAUUUGGCAAGAAGGUAUGGAAGACUUGCAUAUUUUAAAGUGGGGACCAGGUCUAAUGCCAGUGAUGGUGUUGAACGUGUGUACAACAGCUCUGCUGGACACCCAAGAGCAUGCCAACUGGAAAGGUGCCCUGUCCCUAGGGAGCCCCGCAAAGGAGAGGUUCUGCAGAAUCCAAGCCAAGCGCCCCCAAAGUCACCCUUCCCCACAUCCUCUCUUCCCAUCCACUGUGUGUACAGACGUACAUGUCUGGGAUCCAUGGCAAUGUGAAUUUUUAUUUGGGAGAUUGUUCACGGAAAACAGACCCUCUUUUCUCUCGUCCACCUAUUAAUUGUUUACAAUAUUUGUAUAUCUAUGCAAAAUACUUGAAUGGGCCAUGGUGCCUUUUUUCCUUGUUUGUAUUUAAUUAAAUUGUCGUUUGAAAUGUU